GCGCUCUUCGCAUUCCAAAAGCUCCCGCUGCAGAGCUAAAAACACUACACUUCAUUCCCAUUUCAAGUGCAGCUUGCGGGAAGGAAUUUCAAGUUUGUUUGCUUAAACUUCAGUGCUAAAAAAUCACCAAAUGUAAAACAAUAAAAGCUGCAAAACAAGUGAAUUCCAAAAGUGAAUAAAUAUUAUUAAUCAACAAACAAAAGCCAUGGAGACGACAGCCGCGAAUUCGAGCGACUCCAAAAAGCCGUUCAAAGUCAAGGACGUAACUCGGAACAUUAAGAAGGCUGUCUGCGCCUCCAGUCUGGAGGAGAUUCGCAGCAAGGUGGCGGAGAAGUUCGAGAAGUCUGACCAUCUGCCCACCAUCCACCUGGACUCCGAUGGCACGGAGAUCGAUGAUGAGGAGUACUUUCGCACCUUAGAUGAGAACACGGAGCUGGUGGCUGUCUUUCCCGGCGAACAUUGGAUUGAUCCCACGCACUACGUGACCAUAACCACUCCGCAUGGCACCGAUGUUGGAACCGGAAACGGGGACCCCGCCGGCGGAGGUGGAGGCAAAGGAGCAGGAGGCGAGGGCGAUACCACCGAUGCCAGCAACUCGGAAUCGGCUCGCAUCCGUCAGUUGGUGGGACAGCUGCAGAACAACCUUUGCAAUGUGUCCGUAAUGAACGAUGCGGAUCUGGACUCACUGUCCAACAUGGAUCCCAAUUCACUGGUGGACAUUACGGGAAAAGAGUUUAUGGAGCAGCUCAAGGAUGCGGGAAGACCCCUUUGUGCCAAGCGCAAUGCCGAGGAUCGCUUGAAUCUUUUGAAGCUGCUUAAGGCUGGAGCCAUCUUCUGCUCGGAACGCUAUCCCGAGGAUGCGGAGGCCAUUGAUCGGGAGAUUGGGCGACAGUUGAAUGAGGCAGAGAACGGACAAAUGAGCACCACGGCGACCAGCAAUACGCGCACCAUCGAGGUGGUGCAGUGUGACAAUCAGAACACGACGAUAACCAUCACAGUGGGUGAUGCCACCAGCACAUGUGUCACCACCGGUGCUGGUUCCGCCGCCGAGGUGGCGGCCAAUGAGGCCAAUGCCAAUCUCAGCGGAAAUCCGAAUGCCAACGGCGACAUCUGACUGCCCAUCUUGGGCAGCCUCAGGUGAAGUCUGCCGGCCCAGGAUUAAAGGCAGCGAUAGUGCAGCAGAUCAGAGCGAAUCAAAAUCAUGGAGGAUAUACCAUAUAUACCAUACCGACGACAUCAGUCCUGCAACAUUGGGUUAACAUAAAUCGUAUUUGUAGCAUGUAAUUAGGCACUGCGAACUCUGCAAACGAAACGAAGACGGAGGAAUCAAUCGAGAACAAAGUCACACAAUGCUUCAUAGUAUCUAAGCGCAAAUGAAAGUUAACGAACAAAUACACGUACUAGAGUUAAAUGUCAAGGUCAAGAUUUGAGAAUUGAGAUGUGAGAUUUCAGAUUUGAGAUUUGAGGAGAGAGUGUUUUAGCAAUCACAGUCAGAAGAAGAAACGUAUUAGAACUUAUACACACAGCCACACAGAAUCGCAAUAGGAGAACUAUAUACACACAUUUAAUCAAAGGUUAGCACAAUAAGUAUUAUAUUUGAGAUAGAGACAGACCCAGGCAAAGGAACCCCGAGUUGAACCCGAAUCGGAUGGAAUGUCCCAGGAAUCCUUUGAUUUGCUUGUCGUGUGAAUUGUGUUUUAAGGAGUAGAGGUAGAACGGAGACGCACAUCAAAAAUUGUUUUUAGACCAAUGCCAUUGUGAAUGUCAUUCGUUAAAGGCCAAUUGAGACUGACUGUAUUUAUGUGUAAUAGGUUUUUUCGUGGUUUGUGGGAGCGGCUUGCGACGAGUUUUGAGACGCUUCGAACGCCCCUAGUCCCGCCCCUCUCCAGCCGAACCGGUAGCCAAAUGAAUUUAAGCCAACAGCAACCAUUGUUAGCAUAUUAAAUUAAACAAUAAAGAGAACCCACACAAUAAAGCAAAGGAAAAUCACCA